AUGGCUCCAUCUAACAAAGAGCUCGCAAGCUUGAUUGUUGACUUUUUGUCUCGCGCUUCCGAAACGAAGCAAGUAUCUGAAGAAUACUUGGACUCUUUGAACGUAGCGGUGGACUGUAUAACUGAUGCAUUUGAGUUAGAGCAAGACUCCCUCCCAAGCACUUUGAAAAGCGCAUUCCAAGGUCGUCGCCUGGAGGACAUUGUGGAGAAUGCUAAUGCAGCUUCUGCUUCUGGCCCAGGUGAAAAUGUGGACGUCAACAUUCCGGUUGAAGACGCCGAUACUAAGGCCAGGGCUGAGGGUCUGAAGCUAGAAGGUAACAAAGCGAUGGCUGCUAAAGACUUCGAGCUAGCCAUUCAAAAAUAUUCCGAAGCCAUUCAAUCUCUUCCUUCUAAUGCAGUUUAUUUUGCCAAUAGAGCAGCAGCCCAUUCGUCUCUAAAAAACUAUUCUGAAGCGGUGCAGGACGCCGAGUCUGCUAUCAAGGUCAAUCCAUCGUACUCGAAGGGCUACUCUAGAUUAGGCUUUGCUCAAUAUGCCCUUGGUAAACCUGAAGAGGCUUUAGACGCUUACAAAAAGGUUUUAGAUAUUGAAGGCGAUAAAGCCACUGACGCUAUGAAGAGAGAUUACGACACAGCUCUCAAGAAGGUAGAGCAAUCGUUGGAUUUGGAGAGAAGUGCACCUAACGUAUCCACCGCUGAUAAUGCAGGCGGCUCUAACGCUGGUAGCGGCGGAUUCCCCGAUCUCUCCUCAAUGUUGGGUGGCGGUCUUGGCGGCCUACUGAACAAUCCUCAGGUCAUGCAAGCUGCGCAACAAAUGAUGCAAAACCCCAACGCACUUGGCGAAAUGAUGAAAAACCCUGCAGUCAGACAAAUGGCUGAGAAAUUUCAAUCUGGGAAUGGCGCUCCCAACAUGGCUGAUAUGAUGAAAGAUCCAGCUUUGAUGGAUAUGGCUAAGAACAUGUUCGGUGGUAGUGCUCCAAAAUAG